UGAUUUCAAAGUGACAUAUGCUCGUUUGGUAUUUCUAUGGCUCAAGUCACUCAUCACAUCCAAAUUCCUGUCGCAUCAUGAACAAAAUUCCUUUCAAUCAAUUCAAACUAUUGUUUCAGGUACAAUCGUUAAAUUUCCCGAGAAUCAAUGUCAUCACAAGAAGCUUGGUGGUAGGGUCAAACGUCAGCAAACUCACCCUGGUCCAAAAACGGAUCCCUGGGUUUCUCCAGACCGAAUGCUCGAGAACAAAUGGCUUAUCGAGGACGUAUUCCUUUUUCUCCAGGAAAAAAGGCAACGUCCCCAUCAAAUGCAAGAUCAGAACCAACGAGUGCGGUGAAAAAGUGGCUGAAACGUACGAAGCCAAAACGCCUUCAUGCAUUCACAUACCUCCCCUUUCCAAAGACUUCACCAUGAACCCCGAUGAGAUCUGUACCAAGUUAAAGGAGGAAAUGGUGACUUACAACCCACCUCCACCAGACUCCAUGCCAAGUACGUCUCAGCAGUGCUCAAAACCCAAAUUCUCCUGUCCGAACGCUCUCACCAAAUACCUCAAAACACGUGGAGAAUGUCGAGAGGUAAACAGAGGGGUAGAAACCAACGACUGCCAGAAGAAAAACACUUGUCCCAAGGUGAAAAAGACCAUUUUCACCGGAAGGGAUUGCGCUCUAGACCCUUGCAACCCAGCCAAACCACAGACCAAACGUCAAAAAACGAAGAACGUUAUACGAGACAUGAUAUCCAAAUUAAAGUCGAAAAAACUGAUGAAACCGAGCGGUUUCCUAGACGAAGAUCUGUUGCGACUGGCCUGCCGGAAGCUGGGGUCCGGAGGAGAUAAGAGAUCGGUGACGUGUGUCAAGCUCACGUCAAGUGGAGAAACGUCACCGUUUGGGGUUCAAAAUUUGCGUGAACGUAUUAGAGGAAAGGUUCUGGAAGAAUUCGACGCGGAAGUACCGCUGGAUAAAGAAUCCGUCGAAGUCUUCCUGACCCAGAGAGAUCUACUGUUCGAUUACCUCGACAGAGAGGCGACGAACCUGUCAUCUUCGAUAGUUAUGAGCAGAUCUGAAAGGACCAAGAAGUUGAACGAUAUACUGAAGAUACCCGAAAACGAUGGUACAAAGGCUAGGAAGAAGGUAGCCAACAAACCCAAGUGUAGGAGACGAAGAAGAUCCAGAUGGUUCAGCAAGAUUCCCAUUGAGCCGAACAUGAAGGGAAGCGUGAUCUUCGCCAAUGGCACAGCGCAAGAAUUGGACGACCCUUGCAAGAUCCUAUCUGUUAACUUUAGCGCGUCUAACUUGCAUCCUACCGAGGAGCAAACCAUUGUCGAACCGAAGGAAACUAGGUGUGAUUCAGCCAUCAAACGUAUGUUGGACAAUUACGAUUCCAUCCUGGAGAAGUUAACAUUGAAUACUCUGGAAAAUUUGGAGAAGGAAUCGUUGAAAGGGGAAGAAUCCAGAUGUAGCUUAGUUGAAACCUUGAUGUGCGAACCUGAGAAAGAAACCAAAGACCUCACUUCAAACUACGAGGAAAUAUCAGAGCAACGGUUGGAACCAGUGGUGAGGCAGAAGAAAAUCAGCAAGUUGGAUAAGACGGUGAAAUGUUAUACGACCACAGUUUCGCCGGAAACGCAACGCCAGACCAAGAAGAGGCACAAGAGGGUGAAAAAACAGUCGAAAUCAAGGUUAAAAGUAGGAUCCACUGAUAACCUCAACACCAGUCUGCUGGAGGUUAACGGCUUUCCCAAGACGACUUCUUCGGCAGCUUUGGGUGAACGUUACCACGCCCUCACCACCAACAACCUCCUCAUAGACUUCGAAAAACAAGAAGAAGUCAAAAAAGACGAGGUGAAGAGCGAUAACAGCAUGGUGAAUAUCAAGGACAUCGCUUCCAUCUAUGACGAAAAAGAGGUACCAGGAGAUAACUCCGACAGCACCAAGACGUCCAAGAACGGGACCGUUUUGCCAGGUCUGACACGUCCAGUAACCCAGAAGGUCCCUCAUUUGAAUCUCUUGGACACCAAAGCUCUCAGACCUGUUUCCAGCUCUUGGAAGAAGAACGCAGGAGCUGGUGGAAGGUUACAUCGGAGGAUUUCGCACGACUCUGGUUUGAUUGCGAGGAAAACCAAAGAUAAAGUUGGUAGGAAGAAGGCAAUGGACGUUACGAACAAGCUGGACAAUUUGGAAAUCAAAGGCGUGGACUUCCAGCAGAUCCGGCUGAAAUCCACCGAUAAAACGGCCCUGUCCUGGAAGUCCAGAUGCGAGGAAGACAGAAGAUCUUGCCCGACCAAGAAGAAGAACUACAACGAGAAGGCGGACGCCAUGUACCCCUUGCCGCUGGACUGGGACUACGACGAGAGGGCGCCCGAUGAGAUUGCCCGCAAGUGGCACACCUGGGAGUGCCCCAAGGAGGAAGAUCCGGGUUGUCCCAUCACCAGCGAGGAUCUGAAGAGGGGCGCGCCGCACAAGAAACCGGUCAGCGCGGCUGCCAUCAACAGGUGCAACUUUGACGAGUGCAAGAAUAGGUUCAGUUGCAGGAAGCCCGCGUCUAGAUGUAGGAAUGCCAAGAAGCCCUUGGGGCCUGGGAAAUGAAUUGUUUUGAAUAAAGGAGUUUCAUGAUUCA